UGGCGCGCGAGGCCACGCCCCCACCUUUGACAGACCCGGAAGCGGCGGCGCCCCUUGGGGAAGAUGGCGCCCUCGGGGCUGAAGGCGGUGGUGGGGGAAAAAAUUUUGAGUGGAGUCAUUCGGAGCGUCAAAAAGGAUGGCGAAUGGAAGGUGCUCAUCAUGGACCACCCAAGCAUGCGCAUUUUGUCAUCCUGCUGCAAGAUGUCAGACAUCCUGGCUGAGGGCAUCACCAUUGUGGAGGACAUCAACAAGCGGCGAGAGCCCAUCCCCAGCCUGGAGGCCAUUUACUUGCUGAGCCCCACGGAGAAGUCGGUGCAGGCCCUGAUCGCAGACUUCCGGGGGACCCCGACCUUCACCUACAAAGCGGCACACGUCUUCUUCACAGACACCUGCCCUGAGCCUCUGUUCACGGAGCUGGGCCGCUCCCGUCUGGCAAAGGUAGUGAAGACGCUGAAGGAGAUCCACCUUGCCUUCCUCCCCUACGAGGCCCAGGUGUUCUCCCUGGACGCCCCCCACAGCACCUACAACCUCUACUGCCCCUUCCGGGCAGGGCAGCGGGCACGGCAGCUUGAGGCGCUGGCCCAGCAGAUUGCCACGCUUUGCGCCACCCUGCAGGAGUACCCAGCCAUCCGCUACCACAAGGGACCAGAGGACACGGCCCAGCUGGCCCACGCAGUCCUGGCCAAGCUGAAUGCCUUCAAGGCAGACACUCCCAGUCUGGGCGAGGGCCCCGAGAAAACCCGCUCGCAGCUGCUGAUCAUGGACCGGGCGGCCGACCCCGUGUCCCCACUGCUGCAUGAGCUCACGUUCCAGGCCAUGGCCUAUGACUUGCUGGACAUUGAGCAGGACACGUACAGGUACGAGACCACCGGGCUGAGCGAGGCCUGUGAGAAGGCGGUGCUGCUGGAUGAGGACGAUGACCUGUGGGUAGAGCUGCGGCACAUGCACAUUGCGGACGUGUCCAAGAAGGUCACGGAGCUCCUGAAGACAUUCUGUGAGAGCAAGAGAAUGACCACCGACAAGGCCAACAUCAAAGACCUGUCCCACAUCCUGAAAAAGAUGCCACAAUACCAGAAGGAGCUGAACAAGUAUUCCACGCACCUGCACUUGGCUGAUGACUGCAUGAAGCGCUUCAAGGGCCCCGUGGAGAAGCUGUGCGGUGUGGAGCAGGACCUGGCCCUGGGCUCGGACGCGGAGGGGGAGAAGAUCAAGGAUGCCAUGAAGCUGAUCGUGCCCGUGCUGCUGGACGCAGCAGUGCCCGCCUACGACAAGAUCCGCGUCCUGUUGCUCUACAUUCUCCUGCGGAACGGUGUCAGUGAGGAGAACCUGGCCAAGCUGAUCCAGCACGCCAACGUGCAGGCCCACAGCAGCCUCAUCCGGAAUCUGGAGCAGUUGGGGGCCACUGUCACCAACCCCGGGCAGGAGCCCCCAGCCUCCCCCUCAAUCCCCCACCGCCUGCAGGGCCCUGGGGUCUCCAGCCGGCUGGAGCGGAGGGAGCGCUUGGAGCCCACCUAUCAGCUGUCCCGCUGGACUCCAGUCGUCAAGGAUGUGAUGGAGGAUGCUGUGGAGGACCGGCUGGACCGGAAGCUAUGGCCCUUUGUGUCUGACCCCGCCCCCAUGCCAAGCUCUCAGGCUGCAGUCAGUGCCCGCUUCGGCCACUGGCACAAGAACAAGGCUGGUGUGGAGGCCCGUGCGGGGCCCCGGCUCAUCAUCUACGUUCUGGGCGGCGUGGCCAUGUCGGAAAUGAGGGCCGCCUACGAAGUGACCAGGGCCACGGAUGGCAAGUGGGAGGUGCUGAUUGGCUCCUCACACAUCCUCACUCCAACCCGCUUCCUGGACGACCUCAAGAUGCUGGACCAGAAGUUAGAGGACAUUUCCUUGCCUUGACCGUCCAGGCCCACCCUGACCUGCACCCCGCCCUUUCCAGAAAAAUAAAGUCCUCUCUUCUGUCUGGG